UCCCCAGCCUUACAAAAAACAAUACUUUUUUGCUGCAUAGCCUUCAUCACAACAUGAGAAUCAGAAACACUGGCCCUCGCUCCAUUUCACCUCCACCUGAUCAUCUCUCUUCCAUUUUACGACUACCACCCUCUCCACCGCCUGAAAAGCCAACCUUUUUCCCCACCAAAGCCAUGAUGACCGCUUCUGAUCCGCUUUCUCCUCUUUACAUGAUCAACAAGCGCCACAUGUCAUGGUCAGUAGAAUCAACGCCCGACUUUCCUCCUUGGACAACGGGGCUGAUUCCAAAGACACCAUCUUCAGCACAAGCUCUUAUGCUCAAGAUAGCUGGUCCAUGUCAACUAAUGAGAUAUUUGGGCACGGCAUUUUUGGUCAGACUCAGACACCAACUUCAAGCUCAGCUUCUUCAUCCCUAUCUUACAAUGGGCACUGGUGUGAGGAAGAAAGAGCAAUUCCAUUGAAGAAAAGAAGAGUAGCAAUGAUAAGCUACGAAACAAAACAAAACACGGAGAUUCAGAUCAUGAAGAAGCAUGCAUUGGGAAGGAAGCGAGAGAUGGGGGAGAUGGAGGGUUUUGAGAGGUGCAAUAGGGAGAAUGGGAAGGGAUGGAGGUGUAACAAAAUGAGAGUGAAGGGUCACAGCUUGUGCAAGCACCAUUUGGAAAUGCAAAGGAUGAGAAAUAUCAAUUGCCCCAGCAGAAACCAAGGGGAUUCUUUGCUGGUAGAGCCAACCAAAUGAGGGAAAACAAGAGAGUACGAGUGGUCAAGGCUCGAUCCAUGAGCAGCUUGCUUAGAGACACUGAUCCAUUGUUAUAUUAAAGUUGCUGAGGUAGUACUCGUGCUAGUAUGGAAUUAGCUUUAGCAGAAACUUGUAGUUUGAUAGGCAAGCAGUGGGGAAGGAAAACUGUAGUAAAUAGAAAAUGGUAGACUGAUAGUAACAGCAAUCAAAAUUGUAAUGAUGCAUAGGUUUGACAGAAAUCAAAAUUGAAACAGAGACACGGUUCACGGUUGCUUCCUUGCUAUUUCUUUGUAUUUUUAUUAGUUUCCAUGUUGGGUGCUGGCCA